AUUACAGUGGCCCCAAUGUGUUCCUUGCGGUACUCCUAUGGUAUUUUUGUUUUAGAUACUUUAGAUUUUAUUGUAACACAUUUUGUUUUGUUUCACAGCAGCCGAAUCCAACCCGGGAUGAUGACGAUCUUCACGAACAUCAUUCGACAGGAACAAAUUGUGGGACUAUGGAGGGGCAUGGUUCCUUCCAUCGCUCGUUGCGUUCCCGGCGUGGGAAUCUACUUCUCUUCACUGCAUUGGUUGAAAGCCAAAAUGGGCAAAACCAAGGGCGACUUGGGUGCCUUGGAAGCAAUCACGUUGGGAGUUGUUGCAAGAACCAUGAGUGGCGUUGCGUUAAUACCCAUUACUGUGAUCAAAACUAGAUAUGAAUCUGGGGUGUACAAAUACAACAGCUUGGGUGGUGCCCUGAAGGCCAUUUACAAAGCGGAAGGCAUCCGAGGCCUUUCCUGUGGUCUGGGCCCAACCCUCGCCAGAGAUGCACCUUUCUCUGGCCUGUACCUCAUGUUUUAUUCGCAAACCAAGCAAAGUGUACCUAAAGAAUGGAUGCAGUCGCCUGGUGCAGCCAGUGCCGUUCACUUCAGCUCCGGUAUAGUUGCCGGGAUCGCUGCGUCUCUGGUAACCAACCCUGCUGACGUGCUCAAGACCAACAUGCAGUUGUACCCUGACAAGUUCCCCAACGCAUUCAGCGCGGCUGUAUAUGUACAUCAGACAUACGGCGUAAAAGGUUACUUCAAGGGUGCUGUGCCAAGAAUGUUGCGUCGCACACUGAUGGCUGCGAUGGCGUGGACCGUCUUCGAAGAAGUUACUAGGACAAUUGGCUUGAAAUGAUAUUCUACAUCUUUAUUUUAUAUUCGUCCAUUCUUGAUAUUGUUUUGCUUGAUUUAUUGGUAUGAUGUUCCUAGUUUUUCAUCGUUUAGUUCGAAUAUUAUGUAUGCUUUAAUUUAGUAUGUUAACGUUUUCUUAGGUUUAGUACUCAAUUGUGAUAUGAAUGUAUUCAAUCAUUGUUAACCAUUUAUACUGUAUUUAAUUUUAUUGGUUAAUUCAAUGUAUAUCAGAUAUUUAUAGUUGCUAUAUGCUAACCAUAGUGAUUUGUUUUGUAUAGAGGAUUUUACAGACUAUUUUUGUAUGGGCUUGGAUUCUGCUGUGCACAAACGAAUUUUUUCUAUUCUUAUAUUACAAGAAUGGAUAAGGAUGGUAUCCAUAUAGAUUACCUGUAUUUUAAAGAUCUUGGAGUACCUACCUGACCAUUUUAAAGUAUUUAAGUUUGUGUUUAAAAGAAUGACAGCCAUUGUACUCAAAUAGCAAAUGUAAGUUACUAUGUGCCUAUUUUAUUUUAUUAAAAAAAAUAAACAUUUAAUCAAAGUUA